UAUUCUGCAAUUUUUAUAAAACUUGGAUAAUAUCAAAAUUUUUGUAUUCAAUUAUUUGAACAUAAUUACUGUUAAAAAUGCCGUGUGAUGGACAAAAUCCAAAUUGUGACAGAAGACGGGAAUUAUUAGCUCAGUUAAAAUGUUUGAUUAAUUCUAUGGAAAAAAAGAAAGCAUGUGAAUGGGAUGAGCCACCUUGUCCACCUCCUGUUAUUUGUUCUGCACUUUGCACAUCUAAUAUUUCUGAUUGCAUUCCAAUUAAAUCAUGUAAAAGUUAUGAGUUUCGAGGAAGCAUUAUAUAUAGAUGUGAAUGUAUCAAAAGAAAUGGUCUACAAGACAGAUGUAUGGUAUGGGAUUGUAUGGGUAGACCAGAAUGUAUGACAAAAUUAUACCCUGUUUGUAUGCCUGGCCGCAAUGCCUUGCUGAAAUUAACAGAUUUAGGAGAUAUGGAAAUUGCUUUAAGAAAAUUUUAUUGUGCUGAUCAAGCAAGAGAAGCUGCAUUAGCUGCAUAUUGUAGAUUGGCGUGUAAUAAUACUGCAGAAGGAUUUUAUUCUUCAACUAAGAAGCCAAUAUGUUUAAACAAUAUGAUUUGUAAACCUUCAUGUGUCGAACUACCAUUCUGUUUACCCUCUAUUACUCCUUGUACACCGGCUUCUGUUUACAAUAUUUGUGUUCCAUGUCCACCAGCAUGUCCAUCACCAUGUCCACCAUCAUGUCUACCAAUAUGUUCACCACCAUGUCCACCAUCAUGUCUACCAAUAUGUUCACCACCAUGUCCACCACCAUGUCCACCACCGUGUCCACCAUCAUGUCCACCAAUAUGUUCACCACCGUGUCCACCACCGUAUCCACCACCGUGUCCACCAUCAUAUCCAUGUUCAUCACUAUCAUUGUUCACUUGUUUAGCACCAUGUCCACCACCAUUAUGUUCGUCAUUUUAUCCACCAUGUCCACCACCAUUAUGUUUAUCAAAGUGUCCACCAUAUCUACCAAUAUGCCCAUUAUCAUGUUAACUAAAAUGUGUAUUCUAUUUUCUAUUUUGUGUAAUAAGUUGUUUAUGACAGUAUUUAUCUGUUAUUUUAUAUGUUCGUAACAUAUAAAUUCUU